AUGUCGGAUACUCAAAAAGCUAGUUGGCAAUGCCCCAAUUGUCACAGUAAACAGCCUAGAGGCGACAACACAAAUACAUCGUCACCCACGACCGCUUCCAGUAACGUUAUGACACGCAAAGCUACCAAAGUGGCAGGCGAGUCGCCCAUCAUAAAUGAAGCACUGAGGGAAUGGGCCACCGGAAUUUGUAGUCAACUAAAUGAAAUAAGAAGUGAGGUGGUCAGUUUUAAAGAUUCAAUGUCAUUUUUUAACGAACAAUUCGAGCAAUUAAAAGCCGAGAGCACUUUAAGAUACGAUGACAUCAUCACCAAUUUGACAACCAAGUCAUCCAAUGUCAAUAAUACAGCUCUCCACAGUUACGAGAACUGUCUGACCAUCAGCUCACUCACUGUCUGCGAAUACGAGGUAGAAAGAGCAUUGAUGGGAUUGGAUGGAAGCAAGACUUCAGGAUUGGAUGGCUUGCCCCCGAUCAUUCUAAAGAAGUGUGCUAAAAAAUAUGUUGAUCCUUUCAUUGACCACUGUUAUAUCCAAAAGAUAAAACAUAUGGAGCACUCAUAUUCUCAAUCAAUGGACAGCAGCUUCCAGAGUAACCUAAACAUAUUAGAAGGUAUUCAGAUGCCCAUGAUCCCAUCUACUUCUGAAACCGUUGAAAUGAUGGAGGUUGAUACUCAACAAAUUUUGAGAGAAGGUCCAAUAGGCCAACCAUUGUUCUCUACCCCAAAGAAGACUGGUAGCAGCCGGUUACUGCAGAAAAUAUCGUAUCUUACUCCAAAUUGUAGAAGAUGA